AAACCGCCCUUGUCCUUGUCUUCCUUCUAUAUAUAGACCCCCAUCACAAACUCCCUCAUUUCCUCAUCGAAUUCCUGAUCAUCUUCGUCAAUUACGAGCAUUGAUUUCCUUUCAGAUCUUGCGCGCUUAACCAAUUAUUCACCGCGCUUUCGGUUGAUUCACUUCGGUUUCCUUACCAAGCAAAGUACAUGGUUGAUCAAGACGUCCAGAUCCCAACUACCUUCGACCCUUUCGCGGCCAUAGACUCAGAUGCCCCCGGAGCCAAGGAGUAUGUUCAUAUCCGCGUUCAGCAACGGAACGGAAAGAAGUGCCUGACGACGGUGCAGGGGCUGAAGAAAGAGUUCAGCUACGAGAAGAUCCUUAAGGAUCUCAAGAAGGAGUUCUGCUGCAACGGCAAUGUGGUCCAGGACAAGGAGUUGGGCAAGAUAAUUCAGCUCCAAGGCGAUCAGCGCAAGAACGUCUCGCAGUUUCUUGUUCAGGCUGGUCUGGUCAAGAAAGACCAUAUCAAGAUUCAUGGUUUUUGAAGAACAAGAAGAAGAAGACUUAGGUCAUGUUGUUAUGGUUUGUGCGCUAAGCAAAUUAUUACAUUAGAGAAGUGUCUAUAUGUGGGAUUUGUAGAGGCUUCUCAUAUACUUAUAGUAGUACUUUUUUUGUUUUUACUCUCAUGUUGGUUUGAUAUUAUGGAGAUUUCAAAGGAAUGUAGGGGGAUUUCCUUGUUAAUAAAAAUGGAUGGCUUUCAAGUUUUAAAA